AGCGACACUCUCCAGUUCAACAGCUUUUAUUUUAAACUUGUUUUUUUUUUUUUUUUUUUUUUUUUUUUUACUUUUGGAGCGGGAGAGGGGUGGGGCGGGGGGAGCAAAGAGACAUUUUUUAAAUUCUUUAUGAAGAAUGGGCUGUGCAAUAUCUGGCUUGGCUGAAAGUGCGGGCUUGGCAGAAAAGAUUGUAAGGGAUCGUGAUGCUGGAGGAGGACUGGGACAACAUCCCAGUCGAGGCCAGAUUGACAUGAUCAAGGAGUCCUGGAAAGUUAUCAGAGACGACAUAGCAAAAGUUGGCAUCAUAGUCUUUGUCAGGCUCUUCGAGACCCACCCCGAAUGCAAGGACGUCUUCUUCCUGUUCCGAGACGUCAAGGACCUGGAGAGGCUGCGGACCAGCCGGGAACUCAGAGCGCACGGGCUGCGCGUCAUGUCCUUUAUCGAGAAAAGCGUGGCCAGGUUGGAGCAACUGGAGCGACUGGAGGCGCUGGCCGUGGAGCUGGGGAAAAGCCAUUACCACUACAGCGCCCCUCCCAAAUAUUACGACUAUGUCGGAGCAGAAUUCAUCAGUGCCGUGCAGCCCAUCUUGAAGGACAGAUGGACCGCUGAGCUGGAGGAGGCAUGGAAGACCCUGUUUCAGUACGUGACCCGCCUGAUGAAGCAAGGCUAUGAGGAGGAGGAGGACAGACAGAACCAGCCAGCAGACAAGAGGAACACGACGGCGCUCUGAGAGACCCACU